AUGCGCACAAACUCGAUCUGGCGGGAGCCCCUCUUAGUGCCUGCAGAGACCGGGGCCGGCACAUGGGGAGAGAAGGUGCAAUGGCAGCCCCACCCUUUACGCAUCACUCAACAAUGGCAUUUCGCUUCUAAGGCUUUCCGGGCUUCCCCAAGAGCAUUCCCGGUUGUGGAGCUCCCCACUCCCAUCCUCUCAGGCUGUCUCCUCGAAGUGGAGGGGAAACCUGUUCAAUUUUUGGUGGAUACCGGAGCCCAGCACUCCGUCCUUCUCCACUCAAAAGGUCCUAUCUCAGCUAAAAGGUCAUGGGUACAAGGAGCCACUGGGAAUAAACAAUAUUCAUGGACCACACGAAGGACAGUAGAUCUUGGGAUUGGACGAGUAACCCAUUCAUUUUUGAUUAUUCCGGAAUGCCCCUAUCCUUUGCUGGGAAGAGAUUUACUCUCCAAAGUAGGGGCUCAAAUCCACUUUCAGCCAGAAGGUCCCACCAUAACUGAUAAUAAAGAAAGGUUACUUCAAAUAUUGACUAUGAAAUUAGAAGAUAAAUAUAAAUUAUACGAGCAGCCUUCAUCCUCACGAGUUAAUGUUACAGAUUGGGUAACUCGGUUCCCUCAAGCCUGGGCAGAAACUGCCGGUAUGGGGAUGGCCAAAAAUCGGCCCCCGGUGCUAGUGGAACUCAAGGCAACUGCCACCCCAAUAACGAUCCGUCAAUACCCCAUGAGUAGAGAAGCCAAAGACGGUAUCCGUCCCCAUAUACAGAGGCUACUAGACUUGGGCAUCUUAAUAAGAUGUCAAUCAACAUGGAACACCCCUCUCCUGCCGGUAAAGAAACCAGGAACAAAUGAUUAUCGGCCGGUGCAGGAUCUACGAGAGGUAAACAAACGAGUGGCAGACCUCCACCCCACAGUUCCAAACCCUUACAACCUCCUGAGCACUCUUCCACCUCAACAUACGUGGUAUACUGUUUUGGACCUUAAAGAUGCUUCUUUUUGUUUAAGACUCUCUCCCCUGAGCCAACCCUACUUUGCCUUCGAAUGGAAAGAUCCAACAUCGGGAAUGUCUGGUCAGCUGACAUGGACACGGCUACCUCAGGGAUUUAAGAACUCCCCGACCAUCUUUGAUGAAGCCCUCCAUCAGGAUUUGGCAUUAUAUAAAGAAUCAAAUCCCCAGAGAGGGCUACUAACUUCAGGUGGCAAAGAAAUUAAAAACAAAGACAAAAUCGUGGCUUUGUUGACUGCACUCAUGCUUCCUACUACAGUCAGUAUCAUCCACUGCCCUAGACAUCAAAAAGGAAAUACCCCAAUAAUUAGGGGAAAUAAUAUGGCUGACCAAGUGGCCCGAGAAAUAACAUCGGGAAAAGUCAUUUUAGGACUGUCAGAUAAAGUUCCUGAAAAACCAGGCCGCAAUGAAGAAAUCAUCCCGGCCACAACAAAAGGAACUUUGUCCCCUCGGCAAGCAGAAUCCAUGUUACAACAGAUGCACAGAUGGACACAUUUGGGGACUAAAAAGAUGGUAUCCUUGUUACAAAAAGCCGGGUACGAAACCCCUGAAAUGACAAAAUUAGCUGAACAAAUUGUGCAGGAAUGCGUCCUAUGUCAACAGGUAAAUGCUCACAAAGAAAAACUUGAAACUGGAAAGAGACUCGGGGGGACCGCCCAGGAACUUACUGGGAGGUGGACUUUACCGAAGUGUGUCCUGGAAGGCUACUGGGACUCCAAUUGGUCCAGAAAGAAAUAUGGUCCCAACUCGCCGAGGCCUACCAACCGGGAACACCGGGAGAAACUCAUCCUUUCCAAGUCGGAGACUCCGUAUACGUCCGUCGGCAUCAAACCCAGACGUUGGAACCUCGAUGGAAAGGACCAUACACCGUCCUCCUCACCACCCCAGCGGCCAUAA